AAUACUUUCUCAGCCUUGUCCACACAGCCUCCGAGACAGAGAGAGAGGAUCGGGGGAGGAAAGGAAACGUCGACGCGCCGAAAGAAACGGGGGGAUGUCGGAGUACGAAGCUGUCCAGCGAGGCUCUCUGCGUAUCAAAGGGGGCACCGACUGCGGGUCUGCGGGGAAACGAAAGAAGAAGAAAGAUAAAGAAAGAAGCAAGAUUGUAGACCAGAUUGUGAGCAGCAAAAACCAGGAGGAAGAAGAGGAGAAGAAGCGGGCUCUGGACAAACGUACUCCAGCACAGUUGGCCUAUGAAAAAAUGCAGGAAAAGCGGCAAAUAGAACGAAUCUUGAAAAAAGCAUCCAAAACCCACAAGCAGAGAGUAGAGGAUUUUAAUAGACACUUGGAUACUCUGACUGAGCAUUAUGACAUCCCCAAAGUCAGCUGGACUAAAUGAGCAUCUUUUCCGUCAACAUUUUCUUCUUAUACGAUCUUUGUUUCUGAAAUGAGCACAGACAGUGGCGUUGAACUGCAACUCAUUUGGCAGAAUUGCUGUUUUCUUGUAACUUCCUUUUCUUGAUCAAACUUGCUUUUAAAGAGACACAUGGCACCUAUUAUUUCGAGUAACUGGCAGUUAGCUGUUUUAAGUUAUUUCUGCUUUAUUGUUGCACAUUUAAGAACAAAUUAAUCCUUGGCUAAUUAUAGACAAGAUCAGACACAUACAAAAUUUAGGAUUUAUGCAGAGUCUGUUACUGAAAAGCAGCUCAAGAAGGACAGUUCAAAUGCUGUCAGUUGGGUGGGAGAAUUACUCUGUGUACCAGUUUUCUGAUUGCUGCAUCGUAAAAGUAUACAAUAAAUACAUACAAAGGAAUAAUUGCAUUAGCCAACACAUUCAUCCAGCAUAUUUCUAUCACUUCUGAACACCCCAAUCCAAUGGCUUUACUAUCUUCUUGGUAUAUAAUCUCAACGUUACCUAAGAAAUAUUAUAUGUAGAAGAUAAUUCUAAUGACUCCCAGGUUCAUCCUCCCAGAAGGACCAAUGUAUUCUCCAGAUUGUAAUUUACUUCCAAUGAGGAAAAUUUGUUUAAAUAGACUAAUUAAAAACACAUAUCUUGAUUAUAAGUAAAGAGCGAGCCCAUACCAUAUUGAAAAUUAAAUACCACCACAAAAAAGUGAUAUUGAAACUAAAUGGGUUGAUUAAAACCUGUAAUAUUGUUUUAAUUCUUACCCACUUGAAGCCUGCUCCCAUGUAUGGUGAUGACAGGAUAAUCAUUUUGGUUUUGUAGCACCAAUGUUUAAUUUUAAACCUAAGCUCCAGAAAGGGACGAAAAUUAAAUGUAAUGUAAACCCAGAUUAUAUCAGCAAAUGUAUGUGCUACUUUUGGUCUUGUAGUUUUUUGUUAACUGUUAUGAUCUUAAUGUUUAUCGUCUUUCAGUUGGCUUUAGAUUGAAGCCUGUUGAUCCCAUGUAGAGUUUUCCUCUUGGCAUAAGGUGUAGAAAUGUGUUAGGGUGGUGCACCAUUUAGAAUCCUCAAGAAUAUGAGUUAUACCUCUCUGUAAUACUUUACAGCAGCCAUUCCUUCCCCCAAGAAAAGACACACCUUUGUGUUCAUUCUCACUUCUGCAGUGUCCAAGUGCUGCAAUUUUAAACCAUUCAUCAAAAUGCAGUGUGAAAAAACUUUGGAAGAAUCAGAAAGUUGUCAGCCUGACUUUCAAGUCAACUAGGACUUGUCUUCUCCCUUGUCCCCACACAGAUGUCUUGUGCUAAGAGAGAAAGGUUCUAAUUGUGUACAUUUUACUUGAAGGCCAAGCCUUUCAAUAGUUUGAGAUGGGUCACCAUUGCACAUUUCCAAUUAUCGAAUGAUGGUCCUGAAUUGUUAGGUUAUCUGUUGUGAGGAAAUGUACAGGACAAAUUAAAACAGGCAAUAAUAGA